AUGGUCCACCUCCGCACCGGUAUCGCCUUCGCAUCACUCCUCGCCUGCGCAACGCUCGUGCUAUGCGCUCCCGCAGGCUCGAUCACGGCGUCCCCGCCUAGCGAGAUCGCCACCGUCUCGCCCGCCGGCAACGAGGCACUGCAGCGCGAGAACGCGGACCUGCUUGCGCCGCCGACGAUCGACCACGGCACGGUGUCGAGCUUCAAGUGGCCGUUCUCUUUGAGCCACGACCGACUGCAGACCGGAGGAUGGGCGCGUCAGCAGAACACCGAUGACAUGCCGGCGGCGACCGGUCAGGACUUGCAAGCGUCAAUAUGCGCCUUGAAGCUGGCACCAUUCGCGAACUUCAUUGACACACGGCUGCGGAGGUCCUUCGAAAUACGCCAGUGGGCAUACGUGCUCAAGGGCAAGAUCCAGGUGACCUCCAUCGACACCGAAGGGCCAAACUACCUAGCGACUGUCCAACAAUCCUCGAGAUUUUCGUUCACCGAUCGUUUCCAGGAUAUCAGCCUGAACCAGUGGCUCGCUUUAACCCCUCCUGCGCUCGUUAAGGCCCACUUAGGGCUCAGCGACGAUAUUAUCGCCAAACUUAGCAAGACAAAGCCCGUCAUUAUCGGUCCCGGCAACUCGACCAAUGGGCCGGCUUUCUGA